CAGGGGCUGACAAGAUGCAGAGAGCCGUGAUUCUGGUGUGUCUGGUGGUCAUGGGGUUGGCCUGGAUUGGGCAAGCAGUCCCAGUGCUCCCAGACCCUCUUAUUCUCACACAGGAGAACUUUGAUCUGGGCCGGUUCAUGGGCAGGUGGUAUGAGGUAGCUGUGGUGUCUACUUGCCCUCACUUCAUGCAGCGCAAGAGGGGAAACCCUGUCAUUGUCGCACUGGAGCUGCAACAUGUAGACUCUGAAGGAAACUUCACAAUGACGGCCACUAGUUUCAGGAAUGGCACAUGUAAGCAGACGUCCACAAAUUACGCUUUGACCAACACUCCAGGACGAUUCUUCCACCAUGUUGCAAGGUUCGGAGUGGACGUUGAUUCCUUCGUGGUUCACUCCAGCUAUGAUGAGUACGCAAUGAUGCUGAUACUGAGCACAGAGAAAGCAUCAGGAAAUAAAACCAUCAUAGUCAAGCUUUAUAGUCGAACUAUGAGUGUGAGAGCAGCUGUGUUGGAGGACUUCAAAACUCUGGUCAGACAACAUGGAGUGAGUGAUGACACCAUCAUUAUGAAUCAGAAUAAAGGUGAGUGUGUUCCAGGUGAGCAGGUGACAAAGGCCACCACGACUCAGCCUCAGAGUUCUGAUCCCAAGAGGAGGAAAAGAAAUUCGGUGCUACCUAUGGUUCCUGCACAGGAGGAGGACGCUGGUAACGUUUGGCCAGGGUGGACAGAUCAUGUGGAAUAACUGAAGAGGAGAAUCGUCACACAAACCAGACUAUCAUGUUGUCACACUACUAUGCUGAGUGUAAAAAAAAAAAAAAAAAAUUACUCAGUGGAUAAAAUGACCCUGUUUUGUUGGUACUGACUUCUGUAGAUCGGAACAUACUGUAUGAUUACCAUAUGUUACACUAUAACUAUUGUCUUGUAUUUUCAUAUUCAUAAUAUGCUUGAUAUGUCAAAAUCAAUUUAUAAUGGCACCUUGCAAAUAAAAUGAUUCCAUUUUUA